AUGGAUUUGCUGGGGAGAAAUUUGGCGCAAGUCAAGGCAGAACAAUCGUGAGCUCCAAUUUCAUCAACAUCUUGAUAUAUAUGAAGAUGUAUCUAUUCAGAGUAAAGUAAAUUGCUGAUGAAUGUGUUCAAACUGGUCAGUCCAAGAGGAAUUCCCCGCGAAACGGUGAUGCGCGUUGCAGUUAAAGCGAUCUCGAUUCUGGAGGAGGUUCACUCCAGAAAGUGGGUCGUCUUCUCCGAGCUCUGUCCCUCUCUCUCUUCAAGGUUCCUGCUGCUCCUCCAUUCUUGAAGCUCACACUCCCAGAGCCGUCAAUGGCAGGUAUAUUCAUGGGGAUGUGAAGCCCGAGAACCUCCUGCUCGGCUCCAAUGAUCCGAACGAACCGUUGCUCUUCCUGGUGGACUUUGGAUUGGGUAAAAGAGACCCUUUUUCCUCUAUAUUUACAUGUUCAUAACUUGUGUGGAUAUUCAUGGCCGCUGACAUUCCAUAAUUAUAACUCUUUGACUUUCUUUCUUUUUGUUGCGGGGGAUCAUCAUCAGCCGCCAGAUGGGAGUAUGGGACGGGGAGUCACGUCGAGUACAACCAGCAGCUGGGAUUCUCCGGGUAUGAAACAUUACGGGCUAGUUGACUAUCUUCUCCCGGAGAAAAGGCCCCUCCCUUCCCACCCACCUUCAUCUGAUCUCCAGGGGGACUGUGAGGUAUGCGAGCGUCAACGCCCACCUCGGGAGAACUCUGAGCAGGAGAGACGACCUCGAGUCCCUCGCCUACAGCCUUGCCUUCCUCCUCCAAGAGAAGCUUCCAUGGCAGGGGAAGUACGGGGAAAGGGUACGGCCACGGCAUCUUCCCUCUUCUUUUCUUAUCGAUUUUUAAAGCUCUGACCUCCGUGCAUCUGGCGCUCUGCGGGGGGUUGACUUCAGAAGAAGGAGGAAGAACACUUCUUCGUCAGCAAAGAGAAGGCGGAAACCCCUCCCGGGAGCCUCUUCGCUUCCUACCCGGAAUUCACGAAGUUCUUCGGGUACGCCGUGAAUCUGGGCUUCGACGAGGAACCCGACUACAAAAACUGCAAGUCGUUCUUUCAGGAAAGGAUCGGAGUCAACGACUCUCAAAUGGUAUAAAUAAACACGACGAUUUUCAUUCAUUCAUUCCUGAUGAACGCGGUGGGUUUUUAUUAUGUCUUCCCAAAUCUCAGGACUCUCGUGAUGAUCAUUGUCCGUUGACCAAGCAGCUAAGAACAGGGCGGCCUGCUGCUCAGUGGGUCACCGUGUACGAUCCUUGGCUGCCCACGAAGCAGAGGUGGGUCGUUUCGCCAUGGCCAAGAGAUGUUUUUGUUUCGUCGUUUUGGGAAAUAGUUCUCACUCGCCACGCGGGUGGUUCCUCCGCAGGUGCCAUUAUAACGUGCCGGAGGAGUUUCUUCCUCAGUUCAUCGCCAGGGACAAGGAGCAGAAGCUGUUCAUCAGCAGCGUCGCCUCCUGCGACGGAAAGUGGGCCUUAAUCGCCGAUGCCGGCACCGGAUUCCAGUCCCAAGUUUACCAUAUCUCCCCAGAGUUCCUCCCUAAGGUGCUUCUUCUUCCUCUUCUUCUUCUUCUUCUUCUUCUUCUUCUUCUUCUUCUUCUUUCUGAUCCAAAACCAUGGCGGGUUUUGCUCGAAGGAAUGGAUCGAGACGCAGUGGGGGAACAGGUUCUACAUCACGGCGGUGGCAGGGUCGAGAGAAGGGAAGUCUCUGGUCGUCAUGUCGCGAGGUGGGUGAGUGGGUUCCUCCCAGAAAUCCUUCUGAAACUCUCUUUUCUUGCGGAAUUGGUGGGCAUAAUUAGGGUUCGAAGAGUUGUUCUGGUCCUGCUCCCAUUUCAGGCAACAAGCACAGCAAACAGGAGUACGUAGACAGCAAUCUCUUCCCCUCCUCGUGGGUGGACAAGAAUCUCAAGGCCAACUACGUCGUCACCUCCAUGGCCACGUCGAGGGGCCGCUGGGCCGUCGUCAUGUCCGUUGACUCCACCAUCACCGAGCAGGUCCCCGUCGAUCAGAGACCAAAAAUGGCAGCUUGCAGAAGCAGUAAGUUCUUGACCGCCCUUCUCUUUCUCCUUGAAGGUGAUCGAGCUCGACUUCGCGUUCCCGUCGGAGGGCGUCCGCCGGAGAUGGGCGGCGGGGUACCACAUAACGGCGGUGGCGGCGACGAUGGAGCAGGUGGCCGUCGUGAUGAGCAAGCUGAGACCCAGGGCCUUGAAGAAGGGAGAAUCAGGGAGGCAGGUGGUGCAGAGGAGCUCUUCUUUCCCGAUCAAUCGAAUCAGGGUUAGCUACUUCCUUCCUUCUUUUUUCCAUCUGCCCUAAUUUUCGAGAGAGAUCGGAUCAAUUGGGGAAAAAAAAAAAGCCCAGGCAGUGGAACCAUACAUACGUACGGGAUUGACACUGACGGGUCGCAUUAGCCCUAGUAUGAUCCCACGUUGACUUCCCAGCUUGCUGCAAUACUGGUGAAAGACUGAUUAAUUGACCCAAAAACGUAAAAAAUGAAUCAAGAUAGUAAAGAUAUGCGGGCUGGAGCUUGAUGAGUUGAAUUUGGAUGAUCCCACGUGAAUGUCUUACGAGCUCGAAUCCGAAUCGAGGGCCUGUUGGCAUCGGAAAGUCCAAAUCUUUCCACGACAAGAAUCGCCAUCUUCAUCAGCUCGGAUGCCAUGUCUGAUCGACCUUCUGCACUGCUUUCAGGAGCAACAGGACAAGGACUUCUACGUUGCGUCCGUUUGCUAUGGUCGGACGGCGUCGUGA